AUGGAGGAAGAACGGCGAAUUCUGUUCGGAAAAUACGAGAUGGGGAGGUUAUUAGGCAAAGGAACCUUCGCGAAAGUCUAUUACGGCAAAGAGUUAACCGGCGGCGAAAGCGAGAGCGUCGCGAUCAAAAUCAUCAACAAGGAUCAAGUCAUGAAGAGACCAGGUAUGAUGGAUCAAAUCAAGCGUGAGAUCUCAAUCAUGAAACUCGUUCGUCAUCCAAACAUCGUCGAAUUAAAAGAAGUCAUGGCUACGAAGACGAAGAUCUUCUUCGUCAUGGAGUUCGUUAGAGGAGGUGAGCUUUUCUCUAAAGUAGCUAAAGGUAAGCUUGAAGAAGACGCAGCUCGUAGAUAUUUCCAACAAUUGAUAUCAGCCGUUGAUUUUUGCCAUAGCAGAGGCGUUUCUCAUCGAGAUCUGAAACCUGAGAAUCUUCUCUUAGACGAGAACGGAGAUCUGAAAAUCUCCGAUUUCGGAUUAUCUGCUUUACCUGAACAGAUUCUACAAGACGGAUUGCUUCAUACGCAGUGUGGAACUCCGGCGUAUGUUGCCCCGGAGGUUUUGAGGAAGAAAGGAUACGACGGCGCUAAGGCGGAUAUAUGGUCGUGCGGCGUCGUUUUGUAUGUGCUUCUCGCUGGUUGUUUGCCGUUUCAAGAUGAGAAUCUGAUGAAUAUGUAUCGGAAGAUUUUCAGAGCGGAUUUCGAAUUUCCGCCAUGGUUUUCGCCGGAAUCUAGGAGAUUGAUUUUGAAACUCCUCGUCGUUGAUCCAGAUAAACGGAUCUCGAUUCCGGCGAUUAUGCGUACGCCGUGGUUAAGGAAAAACUUCACGUCGCCGUUAGCUUUCAAAAUCGACGAACCGAUCUGUUCCGCGAGCAAUAACAACAACGAAGAAGACGACGGAGAGGGAGAUCGCGAUUGGGAAGAAACAGAGCCGAUUUCGCCGAAAUUCUUCAACGCUUUUGAAUUCAUCUCGUCGAUGUCGUCAGGAUUCGAUCUAUCGAGCUUGUUCGAGAGCAAGAGGAAGGUGCAAUCGGUGUUUACUUCACGGUCGUCGGCGACGGAGAUAAUGGAGAAGAUCGAGACGGUUACGAAGGAGAUGAAUAUGAAAGUGAAGACUACUAAGGAUUUCAAAGUGAAGAUGGAAGGGAAAACGGAAGGGAGAAAAGGACGACUCUCGAUGACGGCGGAAGUGUUCGAAGUAGCACCGGAGAUCGCGGUGGUUGAGUUCUGUAAAUCGGCGGGAGAUACACUGGAGUAUAAUAAAUUAUACGAAGAAGAAGUACGGCCUGCGUUAAACGACAUCGUUUGGUCAUGGCACGGUGAUGAUACGGCGGCGAUUAAUCAGAAAGCCGAUGAAAACGACGCCACUUUGGAGGAUUGUUGA